GAGAGAUAUAAGCUAUGACUCCGGUCCAGCAAUCAGUUGAACGCACAGACUUAGGUGUGAUUGGAAUGCACCUAUUGGGACUAGUAAAUGGAGAACCGUGCAAACAGAGUCUGGAUUUAGAUUUAAAAGAACGUGGAGUCUCUCUACAAGAGAACAUGAAUUUGGCGGAACAUGCACAAUACAGCCAUAAACCUUCCUUGGAUUUCCCUAACUGGACAAAGAAUUUCCUGGUUGAUUCCUCCCAUCCAUCAAGGACUAAUCCUACCAAGCAGAAACUGACUUUGAGUGAAGUCCAGUCAAAUGAUGAAUGUAAAAGUAACAGUUCAAAAGAAUCCAGAACGGGUAAUAAACUAGAGGCAGAGUUCGGGAGAAAGCAAGAGGUUGAGGAAUCCCCAGCACAGAAUUCCCCUGACUCCUCCGAAUUGCAGAUGAAAGUGGACUUCUUUCGUAAGUUGGGUUACUCAGCGGAGCAGAUUCAUAUGGUUUUCCAAAAAGUGGACAGUAGCGCCGAUACCAACACCAUACUCGGAGAACUAGUGAAGGCACAAGGCACGAUGGAAAAGGAGCACGCACCAGAAGAAGUGCCUGUACCUAUCCUGGUGUCUCGUGGAGGUCCUUCAGCCAAAGUCCCAGCUGGUGGACCAGUGACCGAAGAGCUGCAGGAGCAGAAAGUCAACUUGCGAGCAAUUGUUAUAGAUGGCAGCAAUGUUGCUAUGAGUCACGGGAAUAAAGAGGUAUUCUCCUGUCAUGGCAUUCAGCUGGCUGUGAACUGGUUCCUGGAAAGAGGUCACAAAGAUAUCACUGUAUUUGUCCCAUCUUGGAGGAAGGAGCAACCAAGGCCCGAUGUGCCAAUCACAGACCAGCACAUCCUUCGAGAGCUUGAAAAGAGAAAGAUACUUGUCUUCACGCCAUCGCGGCGAGUUGGUGGGAAAAGGAUCGUCUGUUACGAUGAUCGUUUUAUUGUCAAACUGGCAUAUGAGACGGAUGGUAUCAUUGUUUCAAAUGAUACCUACCGGGACCUGCAGAAUGAAAAACCUGAGUGGAAGAAGUUCAUUGAAGAGCGUCUGCUGAUGUACUCAUUUGUGAAUGACAAGUUCAUGCCCCCUGAUGACCCCCUUGGGCGUCAUGGUCCUAGUUUAGAUAAUUUCUUACGUAUCAAGCCUGUAAUACCAGAGCAUAAGCGACAACACUGCCCCUACGGCAAAAAGUGUACUUAUGGCAUCAAAUGUAAAUUCUACCACCCGGAGCGAAUUAACCAGCCCCAACGUUCUUUAGCAGAUGAGCUCCGUGCUACAGCGAGGUCCUCUCCAACUAAGAGCCUCAAUUCUGCAAGCCCACACAAAGAAGAGAAAAAGGCAAGUGUGCCAAAGCGGCCGACAUAUACCGAAAGUGGUCCAGCCACUUUUAAUCAAACUGACAAUAUCUCAGGGAAGAGGCUCAGCCCAGAAAGACAACACGCAGCACAGAUUGCAAACCCGCCUGAGAGCAGUGCAAUGUUAAAAGGAAUUGCACAAACCAAGCAAUCAUCAAAUACAAACGCUGAGUGGUUUAAUCAUACAGCCUUUGACAACACCUCAACCAAUUCAGUAUGUUCAAACGCACAUAAAAGUUACGAUGAAGGCUUUGUGUCAUUUGAGAAAGAAUUCUCUGACAUCUGGCCUUCUAGAUCUCAAAGUCACAGUGAGCCAUACUCUAUAAACAAUGGACAGUAUUAUUUACCAACCCACAGUUUAGACCAUCAUCAAUACAGCUAUCAUUCCCAUGAGUCAAUGCCAUCAAUCGGAGCUUGUGGUUACCCUCCUCAUAAUCCACCCAGUAGCUCGCACUGUUGCAUGGCCAUAGGCAGAAUGUCAAUCCAUCCACAGUUCAGUCUACCAAGUGACUUUAAUUCGCCAGGCUCGCAGAGACCACGAAGCUGUUGGCCUGACCCACACCAGAUCUCAUCAAACAGCAGGUCAAGCAGUCUUCCAGAUCCUCAUGGGUGGGCACUGAAAAGAUGUGACCAACAGCUCAUGGAUCCCUACUGGAAAAAUAGCCAAUGGCCAUCACAUGACCACUGCAGAGAGGAGCGGGAGACUGUCCGCAUGAAGCUAUGUGCCAUUUUCCAACCCCACCUCGUGGAUACUGUUAUGAAACAAUACCCACACCUUUUAGACCCCCAAGAGUUAGCUGCCACAAUUCUAGCUUAUAAAUCCCAAACCCCUAAUAUUUAAGUUGCCACAGCACUAAGAGUUCACUAGUUUAUCCAAACAAAUUGUUCACCGUUAAUGUGAUAAUUAAUCCGAAUCAAAUGGAUUGUAAUGCACAAAUUUUACUUGCAUUAGUAUAUAACAUUUAUAGGUGUAUUCAUAAAAUUCCUUGGUAGUCGAAUUUGUUUUAUUGCAGUGUUUGUAGAAAACAGUUCAAGAUACUUUAAGACCGAUUUCUAAUCAAUACAGUGUUUCAGAAUAUGACUCUUGCAUUACAGUCUCAUUUUACUGUAGGUGAUAUGAGAAGAGUAACUUUAUGUCCACAAGCUCAAAAUAGCUUUUACAUAAGCAGCUGGGAUUUUCUAAAUUUACUUUUAAUGAUUUUUACUGUUAUCUGUACAUAUUGUACAUUAAUCAUCCUUAACUGUACAUAUUGUAAUCUGUGCAUGCUGUAAUUGGUUUACAUAUAUAUAUAUAUAUAUAUAUAUAUGUAUACUGCAAUCAAUAUGUAUUGUCUAAUAUGUUAAACUGUAUAUACUGUACAUAUUGUAAUACAUAUAUACUGUACAUACUGAAUUCCAUACAUUUCAUGUCACAGUUUUGACUCCUGUAUAGUGCUGUUCUCACAACUGAUACCUUUAGUUUUGUGGGAUGGGAGUUUAUACCUAUUUUGGAAGCACUGCUCUGCUUGAGGAGUGCAGACCAUGUCAACUUUUAUGCACAUGUAUGUGAACUCAGUGCAAUCAAAUUGUCAAAAAAGAAUUGUCUUGUGGGCUUUGUAUAAAGCUACAGUUUUGUUAUCAAUGUGAAACAAAAGCAUCACUCAGCCCACAAGCUGGAUGUGUUGAUACAUAUUGUAUCUUUACUAAGUUGUCGCUUUGAUUGUGUCUUAGAAAUGUCUCGGAGAAAGAUUUGUUUCAGUGGUGAAUGCAGUUGGAUGAUUUCGAUCAUGGAAAAUUAACUUCACGUUACUGCUUGAAGUAACAUCAGCCAUUAAAUUUGUUACACGUUCAGGAGCAGCUUGUUAGCUAAGUGAAACUGUCAAUUCAGUUAGUCUUGACAAAGUGGGAUAGGCACCUAGGAAGAAGAAUGGUGCUUUAAUAAUGCUUUCUUAAUUGGCUGUCUUAACCUGCAAAAAACAGAAAGGUGUUUGUUGUAGCAAAUGAAGAGUCAAAAGGAGGCUGCAAACUUACAUCUAAACUCUGCUUUAAUCUAUUUGUAAAUAUUUGACAAUGUCAGUAGGCCUGACAUCAUUCAUUUUGAUGAAUACAAAUUCAAGCAUCUUACCAAAUAUGAAAGUUAGUAAGUAUGUAAGUUAGCUCGCUGAGCUGGAAGGUUUGAUAUCAGACGUUUUGUCACCAUGACUAGGUAACAUCAUC